CACCACAACAUGUUACAGAGAAGCGAUUAGACUGUGAAAAACACAGUGAUGAUUUUCGUUGUAUAUCACAACAGGUGAAAUCAUGAGGACCACGACACCACAGCGUCUUUCUGAACUUCAAAAAAAUCCGAAAAAUAUCAGAAAUAUAUGUAUUUUGGCCCAUGUGGAUCAUGGUGAGGAAGAAUAUAUAAUAAACCUUAUUGAUUCACCAGGACAUGUAGACUUUUCCAGUGAGGUGUCAACAGCAGUACGCCUUUGUGAUGGUGCAAUUGUUGUAGUAGAUGUUGUUGAAGGAGUCUCCCCUCAGACUCAUGUAGUGUUGCGUCAAGCUUGGCUGGAGAAUAUUCGCCCUUGUUUGGUUAUGAACAAGAUUGACAGGUUGAUUACUGAACUGAAGUACUCUCCAACAGAGGCUUACUUUCAUUUACAGCAGAUUCUAGAAAAGGUUAACGCCAUAACAGCUGCUCUCUUCACAACUGAGGUUUUAGAGAAAAGUUCUGCUAAACAGGCACAAGGAAAGACCCAGAAUGAAAACAAAUUUACAGAUGAUGCAGCUGUGUCCAUUGAUGACUGGAGUUCAGGUCUUGAAGAAACAGAUGAUUCAUCUUUAUACUUCUCACCUGACUUAGGAAAUGUUCUCUUUACAAGUGCAAUUGAUGGGUGGGGUUUCAGCAUUGAUGACUUUGCGGAAAUGUAUGCUAAUAAACUUGGUAUCAGCAAGCACAUUCUCUCCAACACCCUGUGGGGUGACUUCUAUCUUCAUAACAAAUCCAAAAGGAUUUUAAAAGGUGCCCAAGCUAAAGCGAAGAAGCCACUGUUUGUUCAGUUUAUACUGGAGAACAUUUGGGCUGUCUAUGAUGCUGUGCUGAAAAAGGACAAAAUUAAAACGGAACAGAUAGUCAAAUCGCUGAAUCUGAAAAUAUCGGCCCGAGACAGUCGGCACACAGACGGCCGUGUACAUCUCAAGGCUCUGUUUGAUCAGUGGCUGCCUCUGUCCCGCUCUAUGCUGACUGUGGUGGUGGAGAAGCUUCCCAAUCCGCAGGAGAUUAGUGAUGAGAGAGUGGAAAAGCUGAUGUGUAGUGGGCUCAGGACUUUUGAUUCCUUACCUGAGGAGACACAACGCUUGAAAAAUGAUUUUCUGACCUGCAGGUCUUCAGACGAUGCUCCAGUUAUAGUCUUUGUUUCUAAAAUGUUUGCUGUCGAAGAUAGUGCUCUGCCCAAACAUCGUAAGAGGCCACUGACUCAAGAAGAAAUUGCUGCUCGACGCGAGCAAGCGCGAAAAAGACAUGCUGAGAUGAUGGCAAAUAAUGCUGGGUUAGAAAAUGGCACUCCUCUUAAUUUGGAACCAGCAGCAGGUAAAGAAAACAAAGAGAACGAAAGCACCGAGGUUUUAAAGCUCACCGAAGAUGAAGAGACUCCGAAAAGUCACGUGCUAGCAUUCGCACGGGUUUAUAGCGGGACCAUCAAGAAGGGUCAGCGGCUGUACGUGCUGGGCCCUAAACAUGAUCCACGAGAGGGUCUGGAUAAACAAUUAGUGCCGCUCGAGGACCAAGGCCAAUCUGACGCUUCCAGUAAUAAAGAAGAGGCCAAGGAGGGCCUUUCAGUGGCGAAGUCUGUUGAUCGAGGUACAAAUCAACAUAUGGCUUCCUUCGCCGUGCAAGACCUCUAUUUACUCAUGGGACGAGAGCUCGAAGCUCUGGACUCUGUUCCGGCCGGGAAUGUCCUGGGGAUUGGUGGCCUUGAGAGUCACGUGCUCAAGUCUGCUACAAUUUCCAGCACUGCUACCUGUCCGCCAUUCACUGCUCUUCCAAUUGAGGCUCGUCCUAUCGUUCGCGUCGCAGUAGAGCCAGUUCACCCGGCUGACAUGCCUGCGCUCGCAAGGGGAAUGAGACUACUUAACCAGGCGGAUCCUUGUGUUGAAACUUUAGUGCAGGAAACUGGUGAACAUGUGAUCGUGGGCGCUGGGGAAGUUCACCUUCAGCGGUGUAUUGAUGACCUAGAGAAGCUCUUUGCUGGCAUUAAACUUAAUGUAUCAGCGCCCAUCGUUCCGUUCAGAGAAACUAUCGUUGUUCCUCCCACUGUAGAUAGGGUCAACGAAGCUAUUAUCAGCGAAACGAAUUCGACCCAGCCGAAAGAAAUCGACAUCGAAGGAGAGGAAAUGGAUAAAAACGUCUUGGAUAAAGACAGAGGAAUCAUUGAAAUCAAGACGGCCAACAAACUCUGUAGUGUCCAAGUGAGGGCUUUGCCUUUGCCUGACGAUGUUACGCAAUUACUUGAGAAGAAAAGUGAUUUGAUAAAAAUCUUAGUGACAGUGUCAUCAGCCACGAGCUUAGCAGAACGGAAGCAAUUGGUAGAUCAAGUUAAACUUCCUACCAGAGAAGCAUUGAAAGGUUUCUAUGAAGAGCUCUGCAUUGCUUUUAAAGAAGCGGGAACUAUGUGGGAUGGAGCUGCGGAUGAUAUCUGGGCUUUUGGUCCACGUAGAAUUGGUAGCAAUGUUUUGCUGAAUAGAAUACCAGGCUACAAACGGCCUUCCAUGUGGCAAAGUUCAGGUCUAUUUGGAAGCACUUGUCCAUCAUCAGAAAGCAGUUACCGCGAAUAUGAUAACAGUAUCGUCAGUGGGUUUCAGCUGGCAACUCUAGCUGGUCCGCUCUGCGAGGAACCCUUGAUGGGAGUAUGCUUUGUCGUAGAAAAUUGGAUUUCAUUGGAGGCUGGUUCAAACAUCCUUGGUAUCGCUGGAAUGAGCAGAGGAAAGACUUUAGGGCAGGAACGUGUAUCGAAGAAGGAAGAUCAUAAUGUUGACGGGAAUAUUGACGAAAAAAAAGCAUGCAAAGACAGUGAAAAAAUUAACGAAAUGAGCGGUGAAAAGAUCGAGUAUCCGAAAAAUUUUUCCACAGAAUCUGAAAAUAGCAGCUCGAAAAAUGCUCCAUCACAAAGACUUGAUAGGUUCGGACCAUUUUCUGGACAGCUGAUGUCCGCCGUCAAGGAAGGCUGCAGGCGCGCUUUUUUGCUUCAGCCAGUUCGCCUCAUGGCAGCUAUGUACACAUGUGACAUUCAAACGACAGCGGAGGUCCUGGGACGAAUGUACGCGGUUUUAGCCAAACGGGAGGGACGGGUACUGAAGGAGGAAAUGAAGGAAGGUUCAGACGUGUUUGACGUUACAGCCGUACUUCCGGUAGCGGAAAGUUUUGGAUUUGCGGAAGAAAUAAGAAAGCGAACAAGCGGACUGGCGAAUCCACAGCUUGUAUUUAGCCAUUGGGAGGUUGUUGAUAUUGACCCUUUUUGGGUUCCCACAACAGAGGAGGAAUACACACAUUUCGGCGAGAAAGCUGAUUCAGAAAAUCAAGCCCGAAAAUAUAUGAACAGCGUUCGGCGAAGGAAAGGACUCUAUGUGGAAGAGAAAACUGUCGAGCAUGCAGAGAAACAACGGACGCUGAAGAAAUGAUCACUUGUGGAAGAAAUUCUUCAGAAUGAUUAGUCGAGGAAGAAGUUACUCAUAUCGCACAUCGCGAAUUUUCCCCGAGCGUUCACUUUCGUCAAAUCGAAAACUGUUAUCGAAACUCAAAAAUUACGCGUCGAUGUAAUGUUUAAAGAUCAAGAACUUAUGAUUUAAACCAGAGAAUCGAGCAUCUCUACGUUUAUUUGUCACACGGGAUAUUGUAAACGUAAAGUAAUAUGAGUUAAAUUAAUGAGGAUUGCAUGCAAACGCAAAAGCACGGGUUCGAGCUCUCAGGCACUGAAAACGAAUAGUGAACUUGAAAACUUCAAUCGAAGCUUUUAAGACGUUUGGCGAGCUGAUAAGUACAGAAGACCCGCAAAUUUACCAGUCUUACUGAACGAAUUCGAGGUCCUUACUGUAAUUAAGGGCUCUUUGCUUUUUAUUCGUGGAUAUGUUUAACAUGGAACGAGUAAUGUUGGGACUGGAUAUGAAAAUUUCGUGGGGUUAGCGCGGCCUUAGGAGUCUGGGAAGAGCGUGCAUCUCACUAAAUUUGGCAGAUUUAUUGGGGAGGACUUUUGUGGGGAUGACGGCUCAAUUCUGUUUCUUGGCAUCACAGGAUGAGCUUUAAGUGCAAUCACUGUUGUUCUAAAUAUAAUCCACACAGUAUGUCCUUGA